AUGCGGCUCACACACACUCUAACAGCCGUCUUCGCCAUCCUCGCCAAUGCCCAGCGAUAUCGCCCAUACGGCUACCAGUAUCAAAAAAAGGACGCCGCGCAGGUCGUCGGCUCCGAUACUGGCUCCGCCUCCGGUUCAGACUCCGAUUCAGGCUCAAACUCAACCGGCGACGACGCCUCCUACGCCGCCGCUUCCUCAGCGCCCCAACUCUCCGCUUCCGGCACCGGCGCCACCGACUCCGGCCCCUCUAGCAACAGUGCCGCAGCCUCGACCGCGUCGUUCACCCAAUACUCCCCCUGCGACGACCCCAGCAAAACAUCCUGCGCCUGGUACAGCAGCUCCGGCUACAACGCCGCCGUCUCCCAGGCCGUCUACGGCGGCUACCCGGGCUCCGGCCCAAGCGGUGCCUGCGGCGUCUGCUGGAAACUGACCCCCGAAUACGCCGGCGCGAACGAGAUCGUGGUCAAGGUCAACAACCUGUGCCCGGACGACGGGAAUGCCCUUUGCGCGCAGGCUGAGAAUGUCGAUGUCAAUUUCGACCUGUGCCGGGACAGUGGCGCCGCGGCUGCCCUCUUCGGCAGUUCGGGGACGGAGCAGGUUAACGGGACGGCGGUUGUUGUGGACUGUUCCGAGUGGAGUGGCGGUGCUGAUGUUUGUCUGCCGGGUGUCUCGUCCUGUUAG